AUGGCGGACUUGGAACCCAGCUCUUCCACCGGCCGGUCUUUGCUGUUAACCAAGAUCUCCACCACGGUUUCGUACCUGUUACUCCUAGUCACAGCGUUCUACUACACCUUCAACGCGCCCUCGGCCCACGACGGCAGAUUCUGGCACCACAACCACGCCACACCUUUCGCGCAGUCCAGCAUCUUCACGUCCAUCUACAUCCUGCUGCUCUUCGUGCUCCAGCUCGCCUACCAAUGGUCGCUGUACACCGCGCACACCGCCGCCGCAACAAGCGUCGCGAGCCACUUCGUCGCGUCCAACCUCCUCCUCUUCGGCUUCGUGCACCUGUUCGUGCGCAGCCACUACGUGCUGGCCGAACUGCUGCUGGUGGUGAAUUUCUUCAACCUGAGUUUCCUGUACUUCAGACACAGCACGACGCCGCGGUUCAUCCACGUGGGCGUUGUGAGCGGCCCGCUGGCGUGGAAUUUCGCGGCGCUGUACUGGUGCGGCGCGCUCGCUGUGACGCACAACGGCUUCAUCGCGCGCAUCGUGGCCAACGUGUUUAUCUGGGGGUGGGCCGGGUAUGGCGUGUUUUUCCUGGCGGCGUAUAAGGACUACACCAUGGGGUAUGCGAUGAGUGUGUUGGCGUUUUGUAAGUUCUUCUUCUUUUUUGAGCACAUGUUGCGGAUACUGACCUUGGGCUAG